AGUCACGUGGUCCGAUUUCGCGCGAAAGUUAGUCUAGGAAGACUGUGCAAGGGAAGUUCCGGUGGGACAACAACAACUACUGCACGCCAUCGAGAGGUGCAGGAACCUUAUUCAAACCGAAGAAUGGCUCAAGCUCGGGUUACCGAUUAUUUUGCACAGAGUAAGAAAGGUGGUGUUGCUCAAUCUCUACGGUCCAAGGGACAAAAAGUGUCAGCAGAUGUUGUGGAAUCAGCGGUGAUAACUAAACCAAAGACAUCGUCCAGAGCUGCACGCUCUUCACGUAAAACGACGCGGGCUCCAACCACACCAGAGCCGCAAAAACAAGUUCAACAGGAGUUCCUCAAAGUCAUCGAUGAGGCUUUAUCUGCACAAACUGCAGAUACCGUGACUGACCUACGGGAUGUAAGUAAUAAAGGUUUAACGGCGAGUCCCCGAACUCCAAAACGGACCUCGGCGGAGUUUGAUGUGUGUUCGGUGCUUUUCCCGUCCACAACCGAACAGCACAGCAGCGCCAAGAAGCGUUUGAGGGUCAAUGCGAGUCAGAACUGCAGAACUUCACCAGAGCAGCCCGCGGUUCAAAAGACUGCGAGGAAGAAGCUCGAUCUUCUGAGAAAUGACGACAAAGAACAGACCAAUGAGCCCUUGGCUAACAGCACCCCUCAGGCACCCCAACAAACUGCCAGCAAGGAGUCCAAAAAUACUGUUAAUCAUAAUGCAAAUAGCUCCCCUGUAAACAAAACGAGUGGAGACGAUAAGCCCAAACGGACAACCAAGAGCAAGAAAACAUUUACAAGAGAGGAUGUGGCAGCAUUGAAGUCCAAGCUGCAAAAACUGAAAGGACAGUCUGAAACGGUGACGACUCCCUCACCUGCCCCCGUGACGGCACUAGCGGAGCUGAAAGCGAGGCUCGAUGCGGCCCGGGAGAUCUCCGCCAAAGUUCAGCAAAGAAAGGCAGAGCGAGUUGUGGAGGAUGCUAAAGCUACUGAGGCACAGGCUGAGCCUGAACCAGAGGAAAGAGAGAAGCUCCCAGCUUAUCAGCGUUACCACACUCUAGCCCAAGAUGUGCCGCCUGGUCUUACUCUGCCCUACCAAUACAAAGUUCUAGCUGAGAUGUUUCGCAGCACGGACACCAUAGUCGGGAUGCUGUUCAACCGCUCUGAGACGGUCACUUUCGCCAAGGUCAAGCAAGGGGUUCAAGAUAUGAUGCGCAAGCGUUUUGAAGAGAACCAUCUUGGGCAGAUAAAGGCUGUGUACCCUUCUGCCUACACUUUUCGUCAGGAGAAAAACAUUCCCUCUUUCAGUGCCACUGCAAAAAGGUCCAGCUAUCAGCUCACGGUGGAGCCAGUCAUUGAUGAAGAAUUUAACGGUGCUCGUCCAGUGUUGUCAGCCUCUCGUCUUUUGGAAAGAAGGCACAUUUUUCAUCAAAAUCUGGUUGAAAUCGUGAAGGGACACCACAAGGCGUUCCUGGCUUCCCUAAACCCUCCCAUUGUCGUCCCUGAUGAUAAACUUUCCCGCUGGCAUCCAAGAUUCAACGUGGAUGAGGUUCCCAGUAUCAAGCCAAGUGAUUUGCCUCAGCCUCCCCAAACUGAAAAACUGACCUCAGCUCAGGAAGUGUUGGACAAAGCUCGUGCUCUCAUGACACCAAAGAUGGAGAAAGCCUUGGCUAACAUGGCCUUAAAAACAGCAGAAACGGCAUGUUCUAAGGAGCCAGAGACCUCAGAAAAACCUGUUGUGACGCCAGCAGAAACACCCAGUGCCCUUAAAGGAGUUUCUCAAUCAUUGCUGGAGAGGAUUCGUGCUAAAGAGGCUCAGAAACUGCAUGCCACUAUGACACGGAACCCACAGCAGGAACAGCGCCUGUCGAUGAUGUCACGGCUGCCAGAGUUGGCCAGAAUCUUGCGAAAUGUAUUUGUAGCAGAAAAAAAGCCGGCCCUCAUCAUGGAGCUCGCCUGCAACCGCAUGAUCGCUAGUUACCGAUCUCCUCUCAGUUCUGAUGAAAUGGAGAAACAUCUGCGCCUGCUGGCCGAGUUGACACCUGCAUGGCUAACAGUACAUCCAAUCAGAAAGGAUAUGUACCUAAAGCUGAAUAAGACUAUGGAUCUGAACAUUGUGCUGGACAAACUGAACCAAAAGAUGAAGGAAGAAGAGCGUGUUUGA